AUGACCAUCUGCUCGUAUUGGCAUGAGCUCUCACUAGGGCACAAGGAAGCCCCUUUGCGGAAGCGAAGGGCCAACCUACCGCUGUUUUCCCACAGCCACAUAGCCAUUCACUGUAAUGCGGGCUGGAGGGGUCCCCGCGGGCGUGGUGGUGGCGGGGGAUACCGUCCGCCUGUGACAAUGGCGGAUCUUCAGCGGGAGGUGUCGAGGGCCGUGCGCGAGGAGAGGGCGGCGCAGAGCCAGAGCAGUUCACUGCGGGCCGCGCCAGCGCACGUGGCUCCUCGCCGGGCUGUGCCUCCCGUGGUCCCUCCACCGGCUGCUGUACUUCCUCCUCCUGUCCUUGCCCCAUCGGCUCAUGCUCCUGCUGCCUCGACUGCUGAUCCUGGGUCUCGUCUUUGCCUGCCGCCCGUGCCGCCGGUGGCGGGUGUCGAGUUCGUUCCUGCUGGUGGAGGGGCGGCGGGGGCGCAGUACCCUCCAUAUCUUGCUCCCGAUGAGCCGCUUCCAUUCUUGGCGAUGGCACUUCAGCCCCCGCAGACCCGUGUUCCAGAGGCGACACUCGGCCAGCUGCACCGUCUUGCAGAGAGCCUUCACGCGCUGCUGCUGAUCCAAGUGCUGGCUCACUCUUCUCUCCCUGCGAUCCCUGCUGAUUCGUUUCAUGACCGGCCACGCGAGACUUGCCUGGACGCGGCGGACCAGCUCGCACAGCUGCUGGCGCCCGCGUUGGCUGCGCCCGUAGAGGGUGGCGCUGCGGCAGUGGGACAGCUUGACGAGGCUGUCCGGGGCUUGAGGCGACACUUGCGCGCAGGAUCUGGAGCCGCGGCGAUCGGCGCAAGUACGCUGGUGGUCCGUGAGCUGUGGCGGACGUUGACGGGCAUUGUCCAUGCCCUCAGGGCUCACCGGAUGUAG